CUUCCGAGCCGCGGGGCUCACUCGGGCUGCUAAAGCUUAGCUGAGUACCAACUCGCCGUCGCGCCGGCUUCUUCACCUCCCUUUCUCCAGUCAUGGGGCUGCGUAGUGGGCCUCUCUCGUCCCUCCUCCUCCUUCUCGUCCUCCUACUCCAGGCACUAGUUUGCUGGCUGCCGCGCGUGGCCUCGGAGCCGUGCAGGGCGGGCUACGGGGAGGCUGAAUUGACCUUGGAGGCGGGAGGCACGGAGUUGGAACCCGGCCAGGCUCUGGGGAAAGUACUGUUGAUGGGUUGCCCUGGACAGAAGGCCACCCUGCCUGGAGCUGAGGAUGACCUUGCUGUGCUGAAUGACGGAACAGGACAGGAAAGAAAGGCAUUGACAACCUCUCCAUUCAGCCGUAUCUUACGAAGACGCAAGAGAGAGUGGGUGGUACCACCAAUAUCUGUCCCUGAAAAUGGCAAGGGCCCUUUUCCUCAGAGGCUGAAUCAGCUCAAAUCCAAUAAGGACAGAGGCACCAAGAUUUUCUAUAGCAUCACAGGACCUGGGGCAGACAGCCCCCCCGAGGGUGUCUUCACCAUAGAGAAGGAAACAGGCUGGUUGUUGUUAAAUAAACCCCUGGACCGGGAGCAGAUUGCCAAGUAUGAGCUCUUCGGCCACGCUGUGUCAGAGAAUGGGGCCUCCGUAGAAGACCCCAUGAACAUCUCCGUCAUUGUGACAGACCAGAAUGACCAUAAGCCCAAGUUCACCCAGGACGUCUUCAGAGGGAGCGUCUUGGAGGGGGUAUUACCCGGCACUUCUGUGAUGCAGGUGACAGCCACAGACGAGGACGAUGCUGUCAACACCUACAAUGGGGUGGUCGCUUACUCCAUCCACAGUCAGGAGCCAAAGGACCCGCACGACCUCAUGUUCACAGUUCAUCGGAGCACCGGCACCAUCAGCGUCAUCUCUAGUGGCCUUGACCGGGAGAGAGUCCCUGAGUACACGCUGACUGUCCAGGCUGCAGACAUGGACGGGGACGGCUCCAUCACCACAGCAGUGGCCAUAGUGGAAAUCGUUGAUGCCAAUGACAAUGCCCCUGUGUUUGACCCCCAAGAGUACGAGGCCCACGUGCCUGAGAACACGGUGGGCCACGAGGUGCAGAGGCUGACAGUGACCGAUCUGGAUGCCCCCGACUCAGCGGCCUGGCGUGCCACCUACCGCGUGGUGGGAGGCGACGACGGGGACCAUUUUGCUAUCAGCACCCACUCUGAGAGCAACCAGGGCAUCCUGACAACCAGGAAGGGUUUGGACUUUGAGGCCCAAAACCAGUAUACCCUGUACAUUGAGGUGACCAAUCAAGUUCCAUUCGCGGUAAAGCUCCCCACCUCCACGGCCACCGUAGUAGUCCUUGUGGAUGAUGUCAAUGAGGCGCCCGAGUUCGUCCCCCCCUCCAGAGGCAUCGCGGUCCAGGAGGGUAUCUCCGUGGGGACGUCCGUCUGCACCUACACCGCACAGGACCCCGACGAGGGCUCUCAGAAGAUCAGUUACCACAUCCUGAGAGACCCAGCAGGGUGGCUAGAGAUGGACCCAGAUAGUGGGCAGGUCACUGCGGCUGGAGUCUUGGACCGUGAGGAUGAGCGCUUCGUGAGAAACGACAUCUAUGAAGUUGUAUUCUUGGCCACAGAUGAUGGGAACCCUCCCACCACUGGAACGGGGACCCUCCUGUUAACACUUAUUGACAUCAAUGACCACAGCCCGGUGCCCGAGCCCCUUGAGAUCACUAUCUGCAACCAAAACCCUGUGCUGCAAGUGCUGAACAUCACCGACAAGGACCUGUCACCCCACACUUCCCCUUUCCAGGCCCGGCUCACACACGACUCUGACAUUUACUGGACAGCAGAGGUCAGCGAGAAAGGUGACUCUGUGGCCUUGUCCCUGAAGAAGUUCCUGAAGCAAGACACGUACGACGUGCACCUGUCUCUGUCAGACCACGGUGACAGGGAGCAGCUGACGGUGAUCAGGGCGACCGUGUGUGACUGCCACGGCCACGUGGAGACCUGCCCCGAGCCCUGGAAGGGCGGCUUCCUCCUGCCCGUGCUGGGGGCUGUCCUGGCCCUGCUGCUCCUCUUGCUGGUGCUGCUCUUCUUGGUGAGAAAGAAACGGAAGGUCAAGGAGCCGCUUCUGCUCCCAGAAGAUGACACCCGGGACAACGUCUUCUACUACGGCGAGGAGGGAGGUGGCGAGGAGGACCAGGACUAUGACAUCACCCAGCUCCACCGUGGCCUGGAGGCCCGGCCCGAGGUAAUCCUCCGCAACGACGUGGCACCCACCUUCAUCCCCACGCCCCUGUACCGCCCGCGUCCAGCCAACCCUGAUGAGAUCGGGAAUUUCAUCAUCGAGAACCUGAAGGCGGCUAACACAGACCCCACCGCGCCUCCCUACGACUCCCUGCUGGUGUUUGACUACGAGGGCAGCGGCUCGGACGCCGCCUCCCUGAGCUCCCUCACCUCCUCGGACCAGGACCAGGACCAGGACUACGACUACCUGAACGAGUGGGGCAGCCGCUUCAAGAAGCUGGCCGACAUGUACGGGGGCGGUGAGGACGACUAGCCUGACGUCACAGGCCGCGGCCACUUCUCCCAGGCGUCUCAGUCCCACCUCAGCCAGGUGCUUUGGAGGUGGUCGAGAAUGGCUUCAGCGGCCCGAAGGGGAGAGACCUCGAGUCGGACGAUGACAGGCCGGUUUCUGAGCCUUUGGGGACAGAGUGACGUGGGCCGUUUGCUUUCAACGCUGAAAACCUCUCAGCCCAGUCAGGUUGCUCUGGAAGCAGCAUUUCUAGAUCCGUCUCAUCUGCCAUAAAUUGUGCUGCCCUGUGGCCUGGGCCCAGACUGAUGUUGACUCUUCCCGUGAUGAUGUUCUUCUGGAAUGGACCCUUUUGUUUAGAAAAAAAGGUCUCUUGUUGUAACCUGAUUUUCUUUUUUUUUAAUUCUUAAAAAGUUAGAGGCUGGGCCUCAGCCAUGCCCCGGAGGCCUCCAGGAGCCAGCCUGGGCUGCUGUGCAUGGAGCCCUCACCGGGCGUCUCCAGGCCUGAGGCCCCGCGGUGGAAUGGAGCCCAGCGUUUUUUAUAUUGAGCGCGUCUAGUUUGUUCUUUAUUUUUUAUUUUCCCUUUUAAGUGUAGGUGACGAGUGAUGACAAUCGUGUAAAUGUACUAGAACCUUUUUUAUUAAAGGAACUUUU